GUAAAAGCAUAUCCGGCUAACUUUGUUUUCUCAAGUCCCCUAAGUGAAAAUACUUAGUGAUAACUUUAUGUGCUUUUGAUUUGUGUUGAAAUGUUCACUGGUAGUGUAUCCGAGACAGAGUAGUAAAAGUAUUUCAAGUUCAUAAGCAUCUCAAACUACAGAAAGUGUAUGCCGUUGUCCAUGGUGCUGAAACAAACACUGUGUUUUGCGCAGUCUGGAGAGGACAGAGCAGAACAUGUGUCUACACUCAAAAAAGUAACGUAUUUUCAUGGAAAGUUAAAUUCGAUUUUGAUAUCUACAUUUUUACUAUUAUAUAUUUACAAAGAAAUCACGUAAAAACCUUGGAAUGAGAGAUACUAUUGUGUCCAAUUAUUUUUGAUUGAUUGGUAUCAUAAGAAUUGUUGUUAUUGUUAAGGAUAUUCUUGGUUUUCUCAAAUGGUUAGUCAUUCGUUUGUUUCUGUCAGAGGUUGGAUGUAGUUCUUUUUCAUCACCACAUGGGGACACUAUAGACCAUGACAUCUGGAAAUUAUUUCAGCUUGCAGGCCGCUCUAGACUCCUCCCAGAAACUGACGAUGACGAUUGUGCGUCUGUGGGCUUUGUUACAAAGAGACGCAGGGCGAGAGAGAGAAAGGAUGAGGAGUCGUAUCCAGCUGGCUGUAACUAUCAGUUUGUGACGGGAGUGGUUGGACUUUAGAAUAUAUGGAUUAUUCGUCUUGGAUAUAAUAAUGCAUUUCUCAAGGAGAACGAACAUUUUCCGGAUUUACUUUGUGAUCGGCCUGCUGAAUUAUAGCUGGGAAGCGGCGUCCGGGCAGCUCUCGUAUUCCCUGUCAGAGGAGGUAAAUCCGGGGACUUCUGUUGGAAAUCUCGCCAAGGACCUGCAUCUCAGCGUCCAGGAGUUAGAGUCUCGCAUGUUUCAGAUUGUUAAUGGACCGAAGAGAAAAUAUUUUGACGUAAAUCUAAAAACGGGUGUUCUUUAUGUAAAUGAGAGAAUAGACCGCGAGGAGCUCUGUGCGAAGGCUGCGACAUGUACCGUCAGUGUAGAGGCCGUGAUCAACAAUCCGCUGAAGCUGUAUCGUCUGGAGAUAAAUGUAGUCGAUAUAAAUGAUAAUGCGCCACAUUUCUCCGAGAAGUCACAGUCGCUCAACAUCGCCGAAAGUACUUUACCGGGACUGCGAUUUGGACUAAUAGAGGCAUCGGAUUUAGAUGUUGGCAAGAACGGUGUUAAUACGUACAAGCUGAAUAAUAAUGAUCAUUUUUCUUUGGAAAUUCACAAAGGAGGGGAUAGCGUGUCUGCAGAGUUAGUGCUGCAAAAAGCUUUGGACCGCGAGCAUGAUCCUGUUAUGAAGCUCACACUAACCGCAAUAGACGGAGGAAAUCCAGCCAGGUCAGGAACAUCAGAAAUUAUAAUCACCGUUCUGGACAUUAACGACAAUCCCCCCAUCUUCAGUAAAUCUUUAUACAAAAUUAAAAUCCCUGAGAACUUGCCACCAGGGUCUAAAGUGAUCAUUCUGAACGCGACAGACGCAGAUGAGGGUUUGAAUGGUGAAGUAGAAUUUUCUUUGAGGAAAAAAGGUCAGGAUCAUGUUUUAGAUUUAUUUCAAAUAGACAGUAACACUGGCUUGAUAUCAAUCAAUGGUAACAUCGACUAUGAGGAAAACCCUGCGUUUGAGAUUCACGCACAGGCCAGUGACAAAGGCCAGCCUCCGAUGUCGGCCCAUUGUAAGGUGCUGGUGGAGGUGGUGGACCUGAACGACAAUGCUCCUGAGAUCACUGUGACGUCACUAGUGAACACAGUGCAGGAGGAUGCUGAAGUAGGUACAGCUAUUGCACUUGUUUCUGUACAGGACAAAGACGGAGGGAAAAAUGGGGCAGUAAAAGCUGUGAUUUCAAACGAUGUCCCCUUUAAACUGGACACAAACUAUAAAAACUAUUACUCUUUGGUAGUUGAUGGUCCGAUAGACAGAGAAACUAAGACUCACUACAAUGUUACUAUUGUAGCAACUGAUGAAGGGACUCCACCUCUUUCCACCACGAACAUAGUUACUGUUCAUGUUUCUGAUGUCAAUGAUAACGCUCCUCGCUUCUCUGAGCCACUGGUUAAUGUUUAUGUGAAAGAAAACAGUCCAGUAGGAGCAGUUAUUAAGACUGUGACUGCAGCUGAUGUUGAUAUCAAUCAGAAUGGUCAAGUGAGCUAUUCUUUUUUACAAAGUGACAGUAACACGUUGCCAUUAUCUGCAAUGGUGAACAUCAACUCAGAGACAGGAGAUAUAAUCAGUCUGCAGUCUUUUAACUGCGAGGAGUUGAAAACGUUUCAGUUCAAAGUUCAGGCCACAGACUCUGGUGUUCCUCCGCUCAGCAGCAACGUGACUGUGAACGUGUUCAUCCUGGAUGAGAAUGACAACAGUCCCGCGGUUCUCGCUCCAUAUUCUGAGCACGACUCCGUUAACAGUGAGAACAUCCCCUAUUCUGCUGAAGCGGGAUACUUUGUGGCAAAGAUCAGGGCUGUGGACGCAGACUCUGGAUACAACGCGCUGCUUUCUUAUCACCUCUCUGAGCCCAAAGGAAACAACCUCUUCCGGAUCGGAACCAGCACCGGGGAGAUCAGGACUAAGAGGAGAAUGAGUGACAAUGACCUGAAAACUCACCCCCUGGUGGUGUUGGUGUCUGACAACGGAGAACCCUCCCUGUCAGCUACUGUGUCUAUAGACGUGGUGGUGGUCGAAAGCACAGCUGACAUCCAGACUCAGUUCAGACAUGUGCCCAUAAAGGAGGAGAGCUUCUCUGAUCUGAACCUGUAUCUGCUGAUCGCCAUCGUGUCGGUGUCAGUCGUCUUCCUGCUGAGCCUCAUCAGUUUAAUAGCUGUCAAAUGCCACAGGACAGACGGCAGUUUCAGCAGGUACAGCGCCCCAAUGAUCACCACCCACCCUGACGGGAGCUGGUCUUACUCUAAAGCUACGCAGCAGUAUGACGUCUGCUUCAGCUCUGACACGCUCAAGAGUGACGUAGUGGUUUUCCCCGGACCGUUUCCGCCUGUAGAUGCGGAGCUGAUCAGUAUUAACGGAGGAGACACUUUUACCAGGACACAGACUUUACCUAGUUCAGAAAAGGUAAGGGCAUCAUAACAUUAUCUACUUUGCUGCUACACUUGAUUGCAUUGAAAUUGAUGCAGUUUUAAAUGAUUAUAUACCACUCCACAAGGUGUACUGCCGAAUACAUUAAUCAGAUGAAUAUAUUAUGGUUUCUAUUGAAAUGAAAAAUACCUAAGAUAUGUGUUGAUUAAAGUCUGUUGUGAAUAUGGUGAUGGAUUUGAUCUCAGUCUUUACUUGCUGCAUAUUUGGUUUUUAAGUAGUGUGUCGCUAUCCAUGGUCCUGAAGGUUUGUGUUCACGUGUCUAAACCCCAGGAUAAAAAGAAAGUCCUUGUUAAUAAG